AUGGAGUAGUUUCAUAAUAUACUUAUUAACUGGAUUCGUGUUAUUGAGGAUUUCCUUUUUUUUCCUUUAAUUGUUUUUUACCUAAUCCCUAUCAGUUUGCGUUACUAUUUUCAACAGAAUCAUUUUUGA